AUGAACCAUGACCAGUUACCAUCUUCCAUUGAAGAGGUAGAAACUCUUAUAAAGCGACUAUAUGGAGUAGGAAAGCCCGAAGAUAUCGUUAGGACACAGAUAGUACUCCAUAAACUUCAACUCUCCUCUCAAGGAUGGCAACUAGCAAACGUCCUCCUGAAUCGAGAUGAUAAUCAAUUGAGGUUUUUUGCAGCACUAACUAUCAUAGUAAAACUCAACACUGAUGCAAAAUCCUUGUCAGAGAAUGAUACAGCAUCUCUGCUUCUGGCCUUGAUAAAUUCUUUAAUUCUGUGGACAAAAAGUGAUGAAGGUCCAUUAGUAGGAAGGAAAUUAUGCUCAGCUUUAGUAUCAUACUUUCUUCAAUUCUCGCAUAUUUGGUCUAGAUGUGUUCAACAUCUGUUGUAUUGUUUUUGUCGAGACGAAGCGCUACCGUACACUUCGUUGCGGGAAGCUCCUGAUUCAAUUAUUUUGGUUCAAAACGUAUCAGAUAAAAAAGCUAGAGCUGUUUUAUGGUUUGCUUCAACGCUUGUAGAAGAUGUGAGCAAAACGGAUUCCAAUUCUAUGAGGACGCACAAAUUUCAUAGCCACAUCAGACCGAAUGUAAAUGAUGUUGUGCCUCUAAUCCGAAAAUACCUCUUUGAGGCGCCGAAUCAAGCGUUGACUAGAACACAACAAGAAGCUAUGAAAUGUUUUCAGUCUUGCAUGUCCUACUCCCACAGAUCUUUUAUCGAUAAAGAAGCUGAACUAGAUGUUCUUCAUAACCUUACUCAACCUGCUCUCCAACACAUAGUAAAUGAUGAACUGUAUGAGACAACUGUAGAGCUUUUUAUUGAUAUACUUUCGACCUACUCCCGAUUUCUACAACCCGAAGACUUUGAUAAUCUGUUAAGCUUAUUUUCCACACCAUGGGCUCUGAAAAGGUACCAGACUUUAGUCGAAGGAAACUAUGACUGGGAAUCCCUUCAGUUCGGAAUGCUCCUUCUCGCAUUUGGAGAUGCAAUUGUCAAAGAACUAACACAAAAAAUUGAAGUCCCGCGGUACAACCAGUAUCUGGUGCUACUUCUCGGUCUUCUAGAGGCCAAGGGUUAUGCCGUAGCCGAAGACAAGAUCUAUGUACCAGCAUUAGAGUUCUGGAGCACAUUUGUGGAGUGCAUGGUCGAUGAGAGCUUCAGCGUAGAAUCCGGGACAACGCCUCCCUGGUUUCCAAUGGCAAAAAGUUUCGUAAUGCAAGCGAUUCAAAGCUGUUGGUAUAAGAGUCACUAUCCUAAUGCUAAGAUCUUCAGCUCCUGGGACUCAGUUGAUAUUGCUGGCUUCAAAGAUGCCCGAAGAGAUCUUUCAGAUUUAAAUCAGCAAUUUUAUCUGGUUGCAGGAUGUUCCAUGUUGAAUUUCUGGGUUGAAAAAGUUUCACACUCAGCAGCUAACAAGAAUUGGCUUGAGCUGGAGGCAUCGUUUUUUUGUUUAGAGCAACUAAAUGACUCAAUUUCUGAACCAUCUCAUCGAGAUAAUGUCAUGGAUCAGGUGUUCACACCAGAUUUAAUUGCUCUCUUCACUCAACAACACCUAGAAAUAUUUUCAAUUACGCGCCGAACAUUUUUGAAUCUUGUAGGUGGGUAUGCAAAUUACUUUAAGACGCGAAGUUUAUUAUUACUUCAAGUUUUAAAUAUUGCAUUUGUUGCCCUCAAGUCAAGCGGUCUAGCUGACCAAGCAUCCCGGUGUAUCCUAAAGCUUUGUUCAGAUUGCCGGAGCAAUCUUGUUCCAGACUUAGAUGGUUUUAUCCAGCAUUACAGCAGCAUCGCCUUGGAUAAUACACUUGAUCACAACAUUAAAGAAUCAGUUAUCGAAGGAAUAACUUGUCUAAUACAAGCUCUGGAUGACGAUGUAUCUAAAAUCGGACCCUUGAACCAACUCCUAAACUACGUUGAAGCUGAUGUUAGCAAUUGCCUCCAUAUCCUGGGUAAUCAGCGUCCCACUUCCGAAGAUAUGAAGCCUCUGUGCUCUCCUACCGAGGAAGCUAAAGCAAUCGAUAUCGGAAUCUUAUCAUUAAAAUGUCUCCUGGGAAUAGCGAGAGGUAUUCAAGCGCCAGAUGACCAACCCAUUAAUCUAGAUAAAGGCGACGGAUAUGUGUCAGUCUGGACUAUAGAAACUGGACUUCUUGUGCAAAAAAGAAUAUAUAAUAUAAUUGAACAAGUUUAUGAAGCUCUUGGAAGUCAUGGUGAGAUUAUUGAACAAUGCUGUCUUGUAUGGCGGCAAGGACUCCGCGAGCUAGAGCCUGGCCCGUUCGUAUUGCCAUCUAGUCUUGUUUCUCAAUUCAUGAUGAAAACCAAUCUACAGACGCCUCGGCUAGGUCUAGUGAUUAAAACCGCAGCUUCAUUUACUUCAGCAAAACAUAACUCAAACCCUGAGGAAGUUCUCGGCCCUUUAUUAGCUUGGGUCGCCUACUUGUUGCAUGACCUUGGUGGUCCUGCAUCAGAUACCGAGAUUGCUCACGCUGGAAUCGAAUUCAUGUAUAGACUUCUUCCUAAGUACCUUGGCGUAUUAAUGAGUCAUCGACCAUCUACUUCGCUUGAAUACCUCUUUAUGUUCGCGCUGGAGGCUAUGAAAGGGAACGAUCCCCUUCCUAAAUCAGCAGCAGCCGAUUUCUGGGGUGCCUUUUUUUCAGUAACUUCGCCACCAAUUGACAUACAAUCCGAUCUCACUUCUGCAAUCCAGGUUCUCGGUCCACUUUUAGCACGGGCGCUUAUCUUCAAUAUAGGUGGCAGUGCUGCACGUAGCGAGCUCGAAAAAGUUUCCGAUCCGAUUAAGAAGAUAGUAACAUGUCAUGUCAAUGCGAAGAGAUGGCUCGAAGAAGCAUUAGUUGAUUCCAAUUUUCCUAGUGAUAGGGUUAAUAACAAAGAUAAGUCAAUAUUUUUGCAAAAGCUGAUGAAUUUGAGGGGUUCCCAGACAACAACACAAGUAGUCAAGGAUUUCUGGCUUGCGUGUCGGGGCUCACAGUUUGCAUAUGCUUCAUAA